AUGAGUUCACAGAAGAGGCGAAUAAUUGGGGCCAUGUGUGCCAUAGAGCGUGAGUUCGGUAUGAUAAAGAAGUGCUUUGAGAAGGAGCUGCAAUCUGAAGACCACUGCGGACGCACUUUCUACACUGGAGAGAUAAGCGGCCAAACUGUGGUGAUCUCUAAGAGCGGGAUAGGGAAAGUGGCCGCAGCAUCUACGGCAGCUAUUAUGAUCUCUGUCUUCGGCUGCUCUGAGGUCAUAUUCCUAGGGGUUGCUGGCGGAAUUCAAGGACGCGCUGCAAUCGGUGAUGUCGUUGUAUCGACUGCUGCCAUUCAACACGACUUUGAUGGAAGACCGUGGGUAGAACGGAGCGUAGUCUUUUCGGUGGGUAAGUGCGAAAUCCCAGCAGAUGGACAGUUGCAGACGCGAGCCCAAGCUGCAGUUCAGGCUGUGCUGGCAGACGAUAUGGCUCUAGUUUUAGACGAUAAUUCUGAGCCUAUUGGGCGAAGGAUUCUUGCCCAAUUAAACAGGUCCCCCAAAUUGCUAACUGGGAGUGUUCUGUCGGGAGAUCAAUUUGUUUCUUCCGAUGAGAUGAAUAAGGAACUAGGAUCUCGAUUUGAGAGUGCACUGUGUGUAGAGAUGGAGGGUGCGGCCGUGGCACAAAUUUGCUAUGAGGCAAGAGUGCCGUAUAUCAUUAUCAGAGCAAUCAGCGACUCUGGUUCUGGAGAAGCAACCGUUCAAUUUGACGAGUUUUGCAAUGGCAUUAGCUCGCCCUUAAUGCUUGCUGUUCUGAAGAGCUAUUUAGCAUCUGCAAGUAAAUUUGAUUACUGUGCUAUGUCGGCCUUGAUCAUGAUACAGUUUUCUAUCCGCUGCCGACACUUAACACAAAGGUCUCCAAUGGAAAAGUGA